UUUGUCAUUGUCAAAAUGUCAAUUCUUCUAGAGUUGUCACUUUGCCACCAUGGCGGCCGCACUGCUGUCAAACAAGCAUUUGAGCAAAUUAAUUCGACAUCAUGUUAAAUUCGCGAAAACUUUAAACAGUACACCAUCAGUUAUCUUAAACAAUCCGCAGUUCAACUUAUUCUGUCAACAAUGUGCCGCCGCGAGCCAGUACAGGCAUUAUUCUACGACAGGCCCGAACCCCGCUGGUGGGUCGGACACGGCGAAAAAUGUGUUGGCAGCUGUUUUGGCAAACAAACCAAAAAAGGGGAAAAUACCUGUUGGUAUCCAAAAAAGAGACUGCUUUCACCCAGGUGCCUCUGUUUUGUCUCGUGAAGAUAUAAACCUGGGGGAUGCAAAGCCGGUCUCCGGAGUGGAUAUGAUCCGCGGUAUGCUGGAAUAUGUGUGGCCUCAGGACAAUGAGGUGAUCAGAAACCGCGUGAUGCUAUCCCUGUCACUCCUGUUUGGCGCGAAAUUGAUGAACGUGACAGUUCCGUUCCUGUUCAAGUAUGCAGUGGAUGAAGUGAACUCGGUGGCUGUGACUCCUGCCGGCGAUGCGUUGUUGGGAAUGGCGACGGUGCCCCAAGCUGCUGGCACUACGGCCUUCUCGUUGUUGAUUGGAUACGGCAUAGCUCGAGCGACAGCGGCCGGUUUCAACGAGCUCCGGAACGCGGUGUUCGCGAAGGUGGCUCAGCAUUCCAUCAGGAAGCUGGCCUGCAAUGUCUUCAUACAUCUGCAUAAUCUCGACUUGAGCUUCCAUCUUGGGAGACAGACUGGGGCUUUGUCUAAAACGAUAGACCGCGGUUCCCGUGCCAUAAACUUCGUGCUGUCAGCGAUGGUGUUCAACAUCGUGCCCACCAUAUUCGAGCUGGCGCUCGUCUCCACCAUACUCGGCCUCAAAGGAGGAAUAGCUUUUACUGGCCUGGCAUGGGGCUGCGUGGGCGUGUACGCGGCGUUCACGCUGGCCAUCACGCAGUGGCGGACCAAGUUCCGCGUCUACAUGAACAAGGCGGAGAACGACGCGGGGAACAAGGCCAUCGACUCGCUCAUCAACUACGAGACUGUUAAGUACUUCAACAACGAGAAGUACGAGCUGGAGAAGUACGACGUGAGCCUGAAGAAGUACGAGGAGGCGUCCCUGAAGACCGCGUCCUCCCUCGCCGCGCUGAACUUCGGCCAGCACGCCAUCUUCAGCGCCGGACUCAGCAUGAUCAUGAUCAUGGCCGCCAAUGAGAUUGCACAAGGCACGAUGACGGUGGGCGACCUGGUGAUGGUGAACGGCCUGCUGUUCCAGCUGUCCAUCCCGCUGGGCUUCCUCGGCUCCGUGUACCGCGAGGUGCGGCAGGCCCUCAUCGACAUGCAGACCAUGUUCACGCUCAUGACUGUGCAGUCCAGGAUCAAGGAAAAAGACAAAGCGCCACCUCUGAAAGUCGACCCUAAGACAGCGACGAUAGAGUUCAAAGAUGUCAGCUUCAAGUACAUCAACGGCAAACCCAUCUUCAACAGUCUGACGUUCAGCAUACCUGCCGGGAAGAAGAUAGGCAUUGUCGGCGGAUCUGGGAGCGGUAAAUCCACAAUGGUCCGCCUGCUGUUCCGUUUCUUCGAGCCGCAGUCGGGCACUAUCAAGAUAGCCGGACAGAACAUCCGCGACGUCGACCUCUCCUCGCUCAGGAAAGCUAUCGCUGUUGUACCACAAGACUGCGUCCUAUUCCACGACACGAUCUUCCACAACCUGCACUACGGCGACCUGAAGCAGCCGCAGGACAAGGUGUACCACGCCAGCAAGAUGGCCGAGCUGCACGACGCCGUGCAGACAUGGCCUAAGGGUUACGAGACGCAAGUGGGCGAGCGUGGGCUGAAGCUGUCGGGCGGCGAGAAGCAGCGCGUGGCCAUCGCCCGCGCGAUACUGAAGGACUCGCCCAUCAUCGUGUUCGACGAGGCCACCUCCAGCCUCGACUCGCUCACUGAACAUGCCAUCCUCCAAGCCUUAAAAGCAGCCACAGUAGGGCGAACAUCCAUCUGCAUUGCCCACCGUCUAUCCACGGUGGCCGACGCCGACGAGAUCCUCGUGCUCGAACGAGGAGCCAUCACAGAGCGAGGAACACAUACCCAGCUCCUCUCCAACCCGCAAUCCCUCUACAGUAGACUGUGGGCCAAGCAGAAGCAGGACAACGAACCACUCCCACCGCCACGGGGAGUGUCCGCAGUACCCAAGUGAACAUACACUAGUCCAAUAGAUAAACAUUUUUGGAAUGGAGUACCUAUGCCACAAUGUUGGUAGGUAGUAUAAUUUAUGAGUAUAGAUACUUGUUUUUUUUUGUUAAAAGUUGUGUGUGGACUGAGUAAUUUGGGAAACUGAGAAAUCAAGCUUGAUUCGCGUCUAUGGUUUUCAAGGCAUAGAUAAAAUUCUGAAUUUUAGAAGAAUACUACACGCUUGUUGAAUUUCUUUUAAAUUGUAUCGUUUCUUUACCGUUGAAUACCACUCAGUCCAUUAUGACUAUCUUUUUUUGGAAUACAACUCCAAAAAAUUGUAUUCAUCGAAGCAAUAAGUUAAGUGUUCUAAUGAAUACUGAUUAAUCAAUACCAAAUUUAUUUUUAGUACGAUGUCUUCGAGACAAUUUGAGACAAUAUUUUUGAUGUAUGUAAUCUUGACGCUUAAAACAGUCUCCUGUAGUCUAUGGUAUCAUUGUACAUUUAGCAACCUUGUGUUAAAGCAUGUAUUAUCACUACCUCUAUUUCAAUAUAAUCGUCAAUGAGAAAUUAUUUGAUAUCUGUCAUUGUUGAUGACGUUUCAAAAUAGCGGAGAAGUUAAUUUCACUUUGAGGCGCUUUCAUUGUAAGAAUGUGAUAAAGCCUGGAUAUUGGGUAGUGAAAAGUGCCUGAAAUGUCUGUAAAAUGUAUAAAAUUGCUUUGAACGUUAAUGUCACUAUUCUUAUUGAUUUAAAUAGAGUCUGACUGAUUUUGGUACAGUUGACAGUUGCUGUUAGUCAGAACAACCAAUAGAAUCAUUGCUUGAAAACUGACAGCUGUCAACUGCUCAAAAGACGCCGUGGCACUAAUUUGUUUUUACAUGUCAAAUGGACUAUUCAAAUGUCAAAUGAACAAAAAAUUUAUAAAACAGGAUUAAAAUGUAGAAACAAUUUUAUCAAAAGUCAUCUAAAAUUGAAAAAAAAAAACAUAAUUCAGUAAUUUGACAUGUAAAGUGUUUUUUAUAAUUAUAUUUAUUUUGUAUUCAAAUUUUGUUUCUAAAGUAACCAAAAUAGAAACGGAUUUGUAUUGUUAUUUUACAGCAUUGUUAAAUUCGAUUGUAAAAUAAACCGAAGUAAUUUGACCAUUCUGACAAAAGCAAAUUCGUCAAUUUACUCACGGUCCUCUAGAUCAAUACUCGAAGAUUAUAUCGACAAUUUUAAUCAAUAAAAGUGACGUACUCUCGAACAAUCGAUAUCGAUAAAAAAUAGCCAAUAAGGCUUUCCUUUACGAUUCAGAUCAUUUUUGUGACAUUUAAAUCUGCAGGCAAAUGGCGUAAUAUGAAAAAUGAAUAAAUGUUGAGAAUAUUGUGAAAUGUUUAUGUAAAUAAUACAGUUGAUACGAUGUACAGUAACUUGUUAAAUAAGUAUAUUAUUUUGGUUACAUA